AUGAGCUGCAGAAAUCAGCAGGGUUACAACAGGGAGGAGGUGGAUCGUCUGGCUGAGUGGUGCGACACAAACAACCUGCUGCUUAACACUGAGAAGACCAAGGAGCUCAUCGUGGACUACAGGAGGAAUGCUGACCCACAUCCACCCAUCCACAUUAAGGGGAUGGCUGUGGAGCGUGUGAGCAGCUUCAAGUUCCUGGGAGCCCACAUCUCCGAGGAUCUAACCUGGACAACCAACUGCUCCAAGCUGGUCAAGAAGGCUCACCAGCGCCUCUUCUUCUUGAGGACUCUGAGGAAGAACCACCUACUGACUGAAGUCCACAAGAAGCUGAUGAUGAAGGAAGAGGAGGACAAAGCAGAGUCUGCAGGAUCUGUGAGGAGUGACUGGUCCAAAGAUAGCAAUCCAUACUUCAGUGGUGAACCUGGACCAACGAGAGUGGACCAGCAGAGCUCAGAGGUUCCCAGUGGUCGUUCUGCCCAGCAGCAUCAAACAGACCUGAACUCCAUAUUUAUGCUGCUGGAGGACAACAUCGUCACUUUUGUGAAGAAUGAGCUGAAGAAGAUCCAGAAGGUUCUGAGUCCAGAUUACCCAGAAUGCUUAGAGAGGCAGAGGGAAGAUGAUGAGGAGAAGAGGAGCAGCAGAGAGGCAUUUGUGAAGAUCACAGUGGACUUCCUAAGGAGAAUGAAGCAGGAGGAGCUGGCUGACAACAUGAAAAGCACGUUUUCUGCUGCCGCUUAUCAUCGUAGCCUUAAAUAUAGGCUGAAGAAAAAGUUCCAGUGUGUGUUUGAGGGCAUCGCUAAAGCAGGAAACCCAACCCUUCUGAAUCAGAUCUACACAGAGCUCUACAUCACAGAGGGAGGGACUGCAGAGGUCAAUGAUGAACAUGAGGUCAGACAGAUUGAAACAGCAUCCAGGAAACCAGACAGACCAGAAACAACAAUCAGACAAGAAGACAUCUUUAAAGCCUCACCUGGAAGAGAUGAACCAAUCAGAACAGUACUGACAAAGGGAGUGGCUGGCAUUGGGAAAACAGUCUUAACACAGAAAUACAGCCUGGACUGGGCUGAAGACAAAGCCAACCAGGACAUCCAGUUCAUAUUUCCAUUCACUUUCAGAGAGCUGAAUGUGCUGAAAGAGGAAAAGUUCAGCUUGGUGGAACUUGUUCAUCACUUCUUUACUGAAACCAAAGAAGCAGGAAUCUGCAGCUUUGAAGACUUCCAGGUUGUGUUCAUCUUUGAUGGUCUGGAUGAGUGUUGACUUCCUCUGGACUUCCACAAAACUACAAUCCUAACUGACCCUAGAAAGUCCACCUCAGUGGAUGUGCUGCUGAUAAACCUCAUCAGGGGGAAACUGCUUCCCUCUGCUCGCCUCUGGAUAACCACACGACCUGCAGCAGCCAAUCAGAUCCCUCCUGACUGUGUUGGCAUGGUGACAGAGGUCAGAGGGUUCACUGACCCACAGAAGGAGGAGUACUUCAGGAAGAGAUUCAGAGAUGAGGAUCAGGCCAGCAGGAUCAUCUCCCACAUCAAGACAUCACGAAGCCUCCACAUCAUGUGCCACAUCCCAGUCUUCUGCUGGAUCACUGCUACAGUUCUGGAGGAUGUGCUGGAAACCAGAGAGGGAGGACAGCUGCCCAAGACCCUGACUGAGAUGUACAUCCACUUCCUGGUGGUUCAGGCCAAAGUGAAGAAGGUCAAGUAUGAUGGAGGAGCUGAGACAGAUCCACACUGGAGUCCAGAGAGCAGGAAGAUGAUUGAGUCUCUGGGAAAACUGGCUUUCGAUCAGCUGCAGAAAGGAAACCUGAUCUUCUAUGAAUCAGACCUGACAGAGUGUGGCAUCGAUAUCAGAGCAGCCUCAGUGUACUCAGGAGUGUUCACACAGAUCUUUAAAGAAGAGGGAGGACUGUACCAGGACAAGGUGUUCUGCUUCAUCCAUCUGAGUGUUCAGGAGUUUCUGGCUGCUCUUCAUGUCCAUCUGACCUUCAUCAACUCUGGGCUCAAUCUGCUGGAAGAACAAAAGGCAACGUCUGCGUUGUUUAAAUCAUCUUUCCACCAGAGUGCUGUGAACAAGGCCUUACAGAGUUCAAAUGGACACCUGGACUUGUUCAUCCGUUUCCUCCUGGGUCUUUCACUGCAGACCAAUCAGACUCUCCUACGAGGCCUGCUGACACAGACAGGAAGUUGCUCACAGGCCAAUCAGGAAACAAUCCAGUACAUCAAGGGGAAGCUCAGUGAGAAUCUGUCUGCAGAGAAAAGCAUCAAUCUGCUCCACUGUCUGAAUGAACUGAAUGAUCGUUCUCUAGUGGAGGAGAUCCAACAAUACAGGACUUCAGGAAGUCUCUCCACAGGUAAACUGUCUCCUGCUCAGUGCUCAGCGCUGACCUUCAUGUUACUGUCAUCAGAAGAAGAUCUGGAUGAGUUUGACUUCAAGAAAUACUCUGCUUCAGAGGAGGCUCUUCUGAGAAUGCUUCCAGUGGUCAAAGCCUCCAAAAAAGCUCUACUGAACAUCUGUGAACUCUCAGAGGAGAACUGUGAAGCUCUAUCCUCAGUUCUCAGCUCACAGUCCUCUAGUCUGAGAGAGCUGGACCUGAGUAUCAAAAACCUGCAGGAUUUAGGAGUGAAGCUUCUGUCUGCUGGACUACAAAGUUUAAACUGUAAACUAAAUACUCUGAGACUGAGUGGCUGUAACCUCUCAGAGAGAAGCUGUGAAGCUCUGUCCUCAGUUCUCAGCUCCCAGUGCUCUUGUCUUAGAGAGUUGGACCUUAGUAACUGUGACCUGCAGGAUUCAGGAGUGAAGCUUCUUACUGCUGGACUAAAGAGCUCACAGUGUGUAGUGGAAACUCUCAGUCUGUCAGGCUGUCUGAUCACAGAGGAAGGCUGUACUUCUCUGGCCUCAGCUCUGAGCUCCAACCCCUCCCAUCUGAGAGAGCUGGACCUGAGCUACAAUCAUCCAGGUGACUCAGGAAUUAAGCUGCUGUUGGCUGGAGUGAAGGAUCCAGGCUGGAGACUGGACACUCUCAGGGUGGAGCCUGCUGGAGUCCGAUGGUUGAGACCAGGUCUGAGGAAGUAUUCCUGUCAACUCACAAUCGACACAAACACAGUGAACACAAACCUCCAACUGUCUGACAACAACAGGAAGGUGACACAAGUGAGAGAGGUUCAGUCAUAUCCUGAUCAUCCAGACAGAUUUGAAGGAUGUUAUCAGCUGCUGUGUAGAAAUGGUCUGACUGGUCGCUGUUACUGGGAGGUCGAGUGGAGAGGAUGGGUUCGUAUAUCGUUGACUUACAGAAGAAUCAGAAGGAAAGGAGAAAUUAAAGAUUGUUUGUUUGGAUGGAACGAUCAAUCCUGGAAUCUCUUCUGCUCUGAUGAGCAUGGUCUUCAAUCGGUCUGGCACAACAAGGUUAAAAUAUCCGUCUCCUCCUCCUCCUCUUCCUCCUCUGUCUCUAACAGAGUAGCAGUAUAUGUGGACUGUCCUGCUGGCACUCUGUCCUUCUACAGAGUCUCCUCUGACACUCUGAUCCACAUCCACACCUUCAACACCACAUUCACUCAAACUCUUUAUCCUGGGUUUUGGUUCUGGUCUCCUGGUGCCUCAGUGUCCCUGAGAUGGACCCCAGAAAAGGAGGAUGCUCUGACAGACUGCUAUGACACCACAGACUGGGAUGUGCUUCUGAGCCCACAUGGAAGUCAAAGCUGUCCUCAACAUGAAGAAGAAGGCUUUCAGGAGCAAAGUGAAGUAGGAGAUGGAAGCAGCACAGCGGGAGGUGAAACGCUUCCUGAGGGAAGCAAAGGACACCUACAGGAGGAAGGUGGAGCAGAAGUUGGAGAGGAACAAUAUGAGGGAGGUUCGUCUGGGGAGAGUGCCUGCCCUAUGGAAGACAUCCUGCAUCGUCCCGGUCCCGAAAAGGAACCGCCCAAUGAGCUGAAUGACUUCCGACCAGUGGCACUGACGUCACAUCUUAUGAAGACUCUAAAGCGGCUCUUCCUCAACCUCCUCCGACCACAGGUACAACAUGCCCAGGACCCACUACAGUUUGCAUACAAGACCGAUGUCGGAGUGGAGGAUGCCAUCCUGUACCUCCUACAUAGAGCCCUCUCACACCCAGACAAGGGAAAAGGCACGGUCAGGAUCCUGUUUCUUGACUUUUCCAGUGCCUUUAAUACCAUCCGGCCCUGUCUGCUCCAGGAAAAACUGAACAGGAUGCAGGUGGACCCCUGCCUGGUCGCUUGGAUCUCCGACUAUCUCACUGACAGACCACAGUAUGUCAGGCUGAAGGACAUCAUGUCUGACACUGUGAUGCUUGAGGACAGAAUCAUCACUUUUGUGAAGAACGAGCUGAAGAACAUUCAGAGAGACCUCAGGAUAGAGGGCCUAGAAUGCUUGAAGCGCCAGUGCGAGGAUGAGGAUGUAUUACAGGGUGGGGAUGAAGAGCAGAGUGAGAGCAGCAAAGAAGCAUUUGCGAAGAUCACAGUGGACUUCCUGAAGAGAAUGCAGCAGAAGGAGUUGGCUGAGUGCCUGCAGAGCACAGCCAAUCAGAUCCCUCCUGAUUGUAUUGACAUUGUGACAGAGAUCAGAGGGUUCACUGACCCACACAAAGAGGAGUACUUCAGGAAGAGGUUCCGAGAUAAGAAGCAGGCCAGAAGGAUCAUCUCUCACAUCAAGACAUCACAAAGCCUCCACAUCAUGUGCCACAUCCCAGUCUUCUGCUGGAUCACUGCUACAACCUUCAUCAAGUCUGGACUCAGUCUGCUGGAAGAACAACAAAUAACCUCCAAGAAGUCUGAAACAACAGCAUCUGCAAAGAAACACUUCCACCAGAAUGCUGUGGAAAAGGCCUUACAGAGUCCAAAUGGACACCUGGACUUGUUCCUCCGCUUCCUCCUGGGUCUUUCACUGCAGACCAAUCAGACUCUCCUACAAGGCCUGCUGACACAGACAGGAAGUUGCUCACAGGCCAAUCAGGAAAAAGUCCAGUACAUCAAGGAGAAGCUGAGUGAGAAUCUGUCUGUAGAGAAAAACAUCAAUCUGUUCCACUGUCUGAAUGAACUUAACGAUCGUUCUCUAGUUGAGGAAAUCCAACAGUCCCUCAAUUCAGGACGUCUCUCCACAGAGAAACUGUCUCCUGCUCAGUGGUCAGCUCUGGUCUUCAUCUUACUAUCAUCAGAAGAAGAUCUGGAUGUGUUUGACCUGAAGAAAUACUCUGCUUCAGAGAAGGCUCUUCUGAGUAUGCUGCCAGUGGUCAAAGCCUCAAAUAAAGCUUUACUUUCAGGAUGUAACCUCUGCGAGAGAAGCUGUGAAGCUCUGUCCUCAGUUCUCUGCUCCCAGUCCUCUUGUCUGGAAGAACUGGACCUGAGUAAUAAUGACCUGCAAGAUUUAGGAGUAAAGCUUCUGUCUGCUGGCUUGAAGAGUCCAAUUUGUACACUGAAAACUCUCAGGCUGAAUGUGCCUUAUCUCUCAGAGAGAGGCUGUAAAGCUCUGUCCUCAGUUCUCAGCUCACUGCUUUCUAGUCUGAGAGGGUUGGACCUGAGUAUCAACAACCUGCAGGAUUCAGAAAUGAAGCUUCUUUCUGCUGGACUGAAAAUUCCACACUGUAAACUGAAUAUGCUGAGACUCAGUCAUUGUCAGUUCUCAGAGAGAGGCUAUGAAGCUCUGUUCUCAGUCCUCGGCUCUCAGUCCUCUAGUCUGAGAGAGCUGGACCUGAGUAACUCUGACCUGCAGGAUUCAGGAGUGAAGCUUCUGUCUGCUGGUGUGAAGAGUCCACACUGUAAAAUGGAAACUCUCAGUCUGUCAGGCUGUCUGAUCACAGAGGAAGGCUGUACUUCUCUGGCCUCAGCUCUGAGCUCCAACCCCUCCCAUCUGAGAGAGCUGGACCUGAGUUACAAUUAUCCAGGUGACUCAGGAAUGAAGCUGCUGUCGGCUGGACUGAAGGAUCCAGGCUGGAGACUGGACACUCUCAGGGUGGAGCCUGCUGGAGUCCGAUGGUUGAGACCAGGUCUGAGGAAGUAUUCCUGUCAACUCACAAUCGACACAAACACAGUGAACACAAAGCUCCAACUGUCUGACAACAACAGGAAGGUGACACAUGUGAAGGAGGUUCAGUCAUAUCCUGAUCAUCCAGACAGAUUUGAUGUUUGUGAACAGCUGCUGUGUAGCAAUGGUCUGACUGGUCGCUGUUACUGGGAGGUCGAGUGGAGAGGAUGGGUUUAUAUAUCAGUGAGUUACAGAAGAAUCAGAAGGAAAGGAGGGAGUAAUGACUGUGUGUUUGGACACAAUGAUCAGUCCUGGAGUCUGUACUGCUCUGAUGAUGGCAGGAGCGUGAGACACAAAAAGACAGAAACAUCCAUCUCCUCCUCCUCCUCCUCCGUCUCUAACAGAGCAGCAGUGUAUGUGGACUGUCCUGCUGGCACUCUGUCCUUCUACAGAGUCUCCUCUGACACUCUGAUCCACCUCCACACCUUCAACACCACAUUCACUGAAACUCUUUAUCCUGGGUUUAUGUUCUGGUCUCCUGGUGCCUCAGUGUCCCUGUGCUGAGUGUAAAGAGUGUCUCCUGUUAGAGAAACACUCUGACUGUUGAACAGAUAGUUCAGUCUGUACAUGUCUGUCUCUUUCACUCACAAACACGUUUUUAGAUUCAUGGAUUCAAUCAGUUGAUGUUUGAAACUCUUCUCAAUGAUUCCUUGUAAACUUCUUCCUCUUCAGUCCUUUAAAGAUGGAAGCUCCCAUUAUUCCAGGAUCCACAUGUUGUUUUCUGUCUUUUUCCACUCAAAGCUUCACAGUGAAUAUCAGUAUGUUGUGUUUCUCUGAAGCUCAGUUCACAACCAGCUCCUCUGUAUUUUCAACAAGUCUGAGCUCAAUAAAAUGAAUCCAAAUGUUUGAUUUCUCUUUCUUAAUGGGAUGUUUCCAUCAUGGCUGAAUAAGUGGACAUCCAGUAGUACUCAGUGUAUCAAAUAUUAAAGAC